CAACAAACCAAGCCUAGCACAGAACAAAAUAAUGGAGCUCAAACCAACCUCCAGCAAUGGACAAACCUCAACCCAUGAGCUUGAGCCUAAUCUCGACCCUUCAAACAAUGACGAAACCCACAAACCCAACGACCCUCAUUUCUUCUAUGAAGACAUUGACAGCAACUGCUCCACCCCUUACGUCAGCGCUCCCUCCAGCCCCGGCCGCGGACCCAUCUCCGGCUUCUUCUACAGUGCACCGGCGAGCCCAAUGCACUUUUUCCUCUCCUCAAAUUCAAUAAACCAAACCAACUCUGGUGCUUUCGAGAGUGCAGCUUCCGAGUUUGAGUUCUCGGCCCGGUUUGGAUCGAGUGGAUCUACCGCAACUGGGCCGAUGAGCUCCGCGGAUGAGUUGUUCUUGAAUGGGAAGAUCCGGCCAAUGAAGCUCUCCACCCACUUGGAGAAGCCGCAGGCGCCGCUGCACGAUCUUGAAGCUGUCAAUGAGGAGGAUGGUGAUGAGCUGUUCGAGUUCGGGCCAAUGAGGGGCAGAGAUCUGAGGUUUCGCGACAAGUCUUUACGCAGAAGGACAAGAUCUAUGUCUCCCAUGAGAAACAUGCCGUUCGGUUGUGAGAUUUACACCCAAAGUGAAAUCAGUUUCGAUAAUGAUCAGACGAAUAUUGAGGAUUCGGUGAAGAAAGCUGAGAAUGGCGAGGAGGAGGAAGUUGGGAGCUUGGAGACUACUCCUUCGGUUUCGGCUUCGUCCUCGAGAUCAUCCUCAGCUGGAAGAAACUCCAAGAGAUGGGUGUUUCUGAAGGACUUUCUUCACAGAAGUAAAAGUGAAGGGAGGAGCAACAAUAAGUUCUGGACUACUAUCUCGUUCUCCGGUAGCGGCAAAGAGAAGAAGUCCAUGAAGAGUGGGAGCCAAAAUAAGGAGUCUUUGAAUUUGGGGCCGGAGCCGGGGACCCAGAAAGGGAAGGGUGCUGCUCCGGGGAAGAAGCCGGUGGCCGGAAAACCAGCCAAUGGAGUCGGGAAGAGGAGGAUGGCGCCGUCGCUUCACGAGCUGCAUUACACUGCUAACAGAGCUCAGGCGGAGGAAAUGAGGAAGAAGACUUACUUGCCUUACAGGCAAGGGUUGCUAGGAUGUUUGGGAUUUAGCUCAAAGGGGUAUGGAGCUGCCAUGAGUACUGGGUUUGCUAGAGCACUAAACCCAGUCUCUUCCAGGUAAAAAAUAACUAAUCAGGUUAAAAAGUUAAAAACUCUUAUGUUGUGGAAGGAAGUGUAUAGAUUUUUUUCUUAGUCUUGUUGAAGAUUAUUGAUGUGAUCCUCUUGAUGGGUAAGAGCAAGAUCUCUCUUUUUUUGUAUGAAAGAGAAGAUCUGCAGUAGUAGUCUGUCUGUAUUUGAAGAGGGGUAAUGUUUAUGAUGAUGGAGUGGGAUAAUUCUUUAAUUCCCAGAAACAAUGUGUAAGAAGAAGCUUUGCCCCAGCACUGUAAAUUAUUCUCUAGCACCGUCA